AUGCUGGAAAGUAACUACCAAUGGAACUGGACAGAUCAAUGCGAAGAAGCUUUUUGCAAAGUUAAAGCAAUGAUUGUUUCAGAUCUGGUGCUUACACAUUAUGAUCCUAACCUUCCCUUACAACUGGCUUGUGAUGCUUCACCUGUAGGAAUUGGAGCGGUACUGUCCCAUGUCAUGACAGACGGCACAGAGCGCCCGAUAGCGUUUGCAUCGAGAUCCCUGUCGAAGGCGGAGCGCAACUACGCACAGAUAGAUAAAGAAGCACUGGCUACAGUGUGGGGAGUCAAGAAAUUCCACAAUUACCUUUUCGGUAGGAACUUUACCUUACUGACUGAUCAUGAGCCUCUCACUUCAAUCUUUCAUCCCAGCAAAAGCCUUCCUGUUGUCACUGCUGCUAGAUUACAACGCUACGCUUUGUUCUUGGCGGGUUUUGACUAUACAAUCAGAUACAAGAACACUAAGUUACACGGAAAUGCGGAUGGUCUGUCUCGAUUACCCUUGCAUAGUGAGACAACAGAAGAAGAGCCAGAUCCAGUGGGCCUCUUCUAUGCUACGCAGUUUGAGCCCUUGCCAGUCACAGCAGAACAGGUCAAACGAGAAACACAGAGAGAUCCUCUAUUGGUGAAGGUCCAUGAGUUGGUUAUGAAAGGAUGGUCCACUCCAAAAGAUGAAGCGAUUAAACCGUUUUACCAGCGGAAAGACGAACUGACAGUUUACUGUGGUGUUCUAAUGCUUGGACACAGAGCAGUCAUUCCUGCCAAGUUGCGUAAUCAAGUGUUAACCGAGCUCCACGAAGGUCACCUCGGUAUUGUUAAAAUGAAGUCACUGGCGCGAAGUUACAUCUGGUGGCCCAAAAUUGAUAAGGACAUUGAGCACCUAGCCAAGAGCUGCCCUGGUUCUCAACUUCAACAGAAUGAAGCUGGCAAAGUACCACUACACCCCUGGGAAUGGCCAACCACACCUUGGCAGAGAAUCCAUUUAGACUUUGCUGGACCGUUCCUUGGACAAAUGUUCCUUAUCAUUGUAGAUGCACACUCGAAGUGGCCUGAAGUGGAAAUAAUGCCAUCCACCACAUCGACGUAG